AUGGGGUGCUGCCCACCGGACUGUUUCACCUGCUGCGCUCAGGAGGAAUGCUGUGAGACGUGCUGCUGCCAGCCCACGGGCUGCUGUGGUUGUUGCGCUGGCUGCUGCGGCUGUGGCUCUGGAGGUGGCUGUGGCGGAGGAGGCUGCUGUGGCUGUGGGGGAGGCUGUGGAGGCUGUGGAGGCGGCUGUGGAGGCUGUGACGCCUGUGGAGGCUGCGGAGGAGGCGGCUGCGGAGGCUGCGGUGGAGGCUGCUGUGGAGGCGGCUGUGGAGGCUGUGGUGGAGGCUGCUGUGGCUCCUGCUGUGGCUCCACAGGGUGCUGUGGCCCUGUUUGCUGCCAGCCCACACCAGUAUGCUGCGACACGAAAUGA